CGUGAUUGCGAUGGAUAACGUUGGGAUUUUGGGGAUUUGUCUCACAAUUGCUAUACUUUUGCUCUCAAAAUUCUUCGUGAGAUUAAGAAGUGUCCUAAAUUAUAGCAUCUACAUGGUGUUUUGCAAUAUUGUGGCUCUAUUUCCACUACUUCUCUUCCCAUUUCGCCCAUUUGACUCGAGAAAUGCUCUGUGGGCUGCUUCUUUGGGGAGAUUUGUUGCCCGUCUUAUGGGUAUAACGUACAAAAUCGAGGGAAUGGAAAAUGUGAAGAGAUCCCAUGGAAGUAUUAUUGUAAUCAAUCACCAGAAUGUCCUCGACUUACUCGUGUUGGCCUACAUUUGGCCCCACAUUGGACCAGCUUCGGUGGUUGUGAAGAAGCAAUUAAUGUACUAUGCAAUCUUCGGUGUAGCUUCAUGGACUUGGGGAUCCCUCUUUAUUGACAGAUCAAAUCCUCAGCGUGCCUUCGAGAGCCUCCAGCGACAAUCGGAAGCAAUUGCGGAGAGGAAGAUUAAACUGAUUUUCUUUCCGGAAGGAACACGCAAUAGGGGUGAAAAAUUGCUACCAUUCAAGAGGGGUCCCUUUAAGUUGGCACUGCAGUGCCAGUGCCCUGUGCAACCCAUUGUGGUGUCCCGGAAUGAUUUCUUCCGCCACACAUCUGAUGAGGGGAAGGCACCCGCUGGGAGAGGAAUUAUCAGGAUUCUUCCGGAAAUUCCAACAAGAGGUCUCAACACCAAUGACUUGGCGGCAUUCAUUGAGGGAGUUCACGAUGAAAUGGAUAAAGUGUACAUGGAGUUGAAUUGCUAAAAAUAAGGGAAAAUAU